UACCACCAACAAGAACAAUAACUUCACUACUUAAUAAUAAAAAUUUAAAUUCUAAACAGGAGCAACAACAGCGAGAAAGUAUAGAUUUUAAACAGGAAUUAUCGUCUAGAUUUUACAAAGCGAUUGAUGAUAACCCAAUCGAUCCUGCAAAAUUCAGACUCAAAGAUGAUGUCCCGGGAUUUGUAAAACAAACAGGAUCAUUUAAAAAAAUCUUUGAUUCAGCAACCAAAAAUUUAGAAUCACCACCUUCACCGUAUGAUUUAACACUUUCAUCACUAUUAACGGCUAAUUUACAUUUAGGACAUUCAACCUCGCUUUGGAAUCCAAAAACAUCACCAUUUAUUUUUGGAAUAAGACAUGGUAUAAAUAUAAUAAAUUUAGAUUACACAUUGAUCUAUUUACGUAGAGCAUGUAAAGCAAUAAAAGAAAUUUCAUAUAAUGACGGUAUAAUAUUAUUUAUUAACACGAGAGGAGGAGGAUUUUCUAACAGUAUUAUAAAAGCUGCUAGACGUUGUAAUCAGUAUCAAUUGACAACCCGUUGGUUACCUGGUACUAUAACCAAUUCUCAACAAAUUUUAGGUUCUUUAAUACCAAAAAAGGAACAAGAUGUUAUUUCAAAAGUAUUUAAACCUGAUUUAAUUGUUUUAUUAAAUCCUUCAGAAAAUGAAAUUGUACUUGAGGAGGCAAGGCAGGGUAAUGUUCCUACUAUUGGAGUAAUUGAUACGGAUUUUGACCCUAAUAAAGUUACUUGGCCUAUACCUGCCAAUGAUGAUUCCGUUAGAGGGAUUGAAUUAUUGGUAGGAGUACUUAGUGUAGCAGCUAAAGAUGGCCUAAUACAAAGAAAAUUAAUGCUGGAUAAAAUUGAGAAAGAACGAAGGAAAGGUAAAGUUAUUUAUAACCAUACAGGUUAG